CUGACUCCAAGGCCUGCCGAAAAGAGCUCGCAUACGACUCUCGCACCUGCACCUGGCCAAGUCGAGUCGGCAUACAACACAUUUCCAGCAGACAUCUCCUUCAGCAUCCGCAAAGCCACCACGCACAGCCGUAACCAUGGCGGAACGCUACAUCCCCGAACAUCGCCGUAACAACUUCAAGGCCAAGAGCACAUUCAAGCCUGAUGAGCUUCGGCGUCGACGCGAAGAGCAGCAGGUUGAGAUUCGAAAGCAGAAGCGCGAGGAGAAUCUCGCAAAGCGUCGAGGCAUCGGCGCUCGUGGUGAUGGAGCACCUGGAGCUUCCCUGGGCGCAGCGCCAGAUAGCGACGACGAGGGGGCGAAUACUGAGAGCCAGCUCAACGAGGAGCUGCCAGCAAUGGUUCAGGGCGUCUUCUCAGACAAGAUCGAAGACCAAAUCGCAGCCACGACCAAGUCCGAAACUCAGCAAACACAGGUGGUCAUUGAGGCGGGAGCAGUACCAAUAUUUGUGGAACUCCUCAGCAGCCCUGAACCUGAUGUCCGUGAACAGGCUGUUUGGGCACUCGGAAACAUUGCUGGAGACAGCCCAGCAUGCAGAGACUUUGUCCUCGCACAAGGCGCUUUGCAACCGCUUGUCCGCUUGUUAGGCGACAGCCGCAAGCUCAGCAUGCUUAGGAAUGCGACUUGGACACUCAGCAACUUCUGUCGUGGCAAGACACCGCAGCCAGACUGGAACACAAUCGCACCCGCCUUGCCGGUCCUUGCGAAGCUGGUCUACUCCCUCGACGACGAGGUCUUGAUUGAUGCCUGCUGGGCUAUUUCAUACCUCUCCGAUGGCUCCAACGACAAGAUUCAGGCGGUGAUCGAGGCUAAUAUUCCACGCCGCUUGGUGGAGCUCCUCAUGCAUGCCUCUACGUCUGUCCAGACUCCCGCUCUUCGCUCAGUUGGCAAUAUUGUCACUGGCGAUGACGUCCAGACUCAACUCAUCAUCAACUGCGGCGCUCUUCCUGCUCUCCUGUCCUUGCUCAGCUCAACCAAGGACGGCAUUCGAAAGGAGGCCUGUUGGACGAUUUCCAACAUCACGGCUGGUAACAGCACCCAGAUUCAGGCAGUCAUCGACGCGAACAUCAUCCCACCACUCAUUCACCUCCUAAGCCACGGCGACUUCAAGACCCGAAAGGAGGCAUGCUGGGCGAUUAGCAAUGCCACGAGCGGUGGACUUCAGAAGCCAGACCAGAUUCGCCUGCUUGUGCAGCACGGAGCCAUCCGCCCUCUCUGCGAUCUCCUUGCCUGCCCAGACAAUAAGAUCAUUCAAGUUGCACUCGAUGGUCUCGAGAACAUUCUCAAGGUUGGCGAUAUGGACAAGGAGGCACAAGAUGGCAGCUCUGAGCCACCAGUCAACAGAUUCGCCCUCUUCAUCGAAGACUGCGGUGGUAUGGAGAAGAUCCACGAUUGCCAGAACAACAGCAACGAAGAGAUCUACAUGAAGGCAUACAACAUCAUCGAGAAGUACUUCUCUGACGAGGAUGGUGAUGCUGAUGUCAACGACUUGGCACCCCCUCAAGGUCAAGAUGGCCAGUUCGGCUUUGGUGCUCAGCAGCAACAGCAGAACUUCAACUUCGCCAACGGCGGAGACAGCAUGGAUAUGUAAGGAGUUCCACGAUGUCAGGCUAAGGCCAGCUCCACUUCACGACACGCGUGCGAUAUGCAGAAGAGUAGGACGGUCCCGUUGCCAUGAGCUCGCUUCGAGGACCAGGUAAGUAAGCAUCACAUCAUCAUCAUCAUGAGGAGUUGGACAUGCAGACGCCGGAGACGACGCCAUGAACACUCAUGUAUGCGGCAUCCCCAUACGAGCACGAGCUCAGCAUCGAUCCAAAGCACAUCAGCAGCUUUCAAGCGAUCCAUUGCACCACUCGUCCCGUUCUCACCAGUUUCGACCGACCCCACCACCCUCCAUCUUUCCCGCAAUCAAUAACAUGGCGAUACCCCCUUUGGACCCCUUCGGCAACCACGACGCAUGGACUUCAACAACAACAACAACAACAACAUUCUCAUCGAUUGGCACGUUGCUUGCCACGCACAUCCGCUUGGACUGGCGUUACUGGUACUCUUUGAAGUUCGGUGAUGAUGAGUCUGGGAGAUUGACAGAUGGUACAGUAUGAGGCAGCGCAGCGUUGGGCCUACAACCGGCUGUUUAAACGCGAGUUGCGCAGCGUGUUGAUAGAUUCAAAAAGAUCAAUGUACUUUGGCAACGCCGUCUCUUCUCUCUUCAUUAUCAACUAGUGUUUAUGUGGCUCGAAGAGCCACAAGUAAAGGCCGAAGAGCUAUAAGUAAAGGCUAAGGCGACGAGCGGGGUAGGGUGAGCUAGAUUACUAUAGUAGAAACGCUUAUAGUAA